GGGAGGUAAUUAUUAGAAUAUUAUAGUGUUAUUAUUAAUAAUAUUAUUAGUUUUAUUAUUUUCCUCUCGUUUUGUCGGAAUUAACAUAAAAUAAGAUACAAGGCCCAUGUUGCGGACUCUGGUACAGUAGGUGGCGGUAUGCAUCUUUCAAGUCGCCAUUAAACCAAAAGAAGAAGAAGAAGAAGAAGAAGAACGUAGGUAAAGGUGUUUGAUCAACAGUUUCAGGUCCUUCUAGAAACAAAGAGGACCCAUUUUAUAGCUCUGUAAAACUCGGUUUUAAUAAAAGCAAGGAGGGCCCAGGAAGUGCUCACUGGUCACUGGUCAGUGGUCACUGCCGCGGCCGUACAGUUGUAGAACUUCCGGCUUUGGAUAUUCGCGAUGCUCAGGACGCUUAGCAGAAGUGUUCGGUUUAUUGUCAGGCACACCCCACGGACCCAAUGGACACACAAGACGCAAGUUCGGCGCUUCGCUGCCCCCCCAGCAGCUCCACACUUACUCGAAGACCGUCUAGAGCUCCACUACGGAGGUAAUCGACUGCACUUGGACUACGUGUGGCUGCGGGAUCACUGCCGCUCUUCCUCUUCGUACAACUUACAAACCAACCAGCGGAAGUUGGACACUGGAAGUAUUGACCUCAACAUCCGUCCAGAGCACACCAGAGUUGAAGAUGACCAUCUCAUCCUCACUUGGCCUGGUGGUCACGUAUCCAAAUACAGCCUUAGCUGGCUAGCUGAAAACAGCUACGAAGCUAUGAACCAGCGCACGGUACAGCCACGCAUUCUAUGGAACGCUGACAGCUAUAACAACGCACACGUGCCCUCCACCACAUGGGACACCUUCAUGAGCAGUGACGAUGAAGUGAAGAAGUUUUUGCAGAAUUAUCUUCUCUACGGGAUCGCUUUCGUCAACGACGUCCCUGUCACCAUUGAAGCCACGGAGGCCGUUUGUAAUCGAGUCAGUCUUAUCAGGGAGACGACAUACGGGAGAAUGUGGUGCUUCACGUCAGAUUUUUCCAGAGGAGACACCGCCUACAGCCAGCUGGCCCUGGACCGCCACACUGACACGUCUUAUUUCCAGGAACCAUGUGGAAUUCAAGUUUUUCACUGCCUGAAGCAUGAGGGAACGGGAGGGAAGACACUCCUCGUGGAUGGAUUCCACGCGGCAGAAAACGUUCGCAAGCAGUCGCCAGAACAUUUUGAGCUGCUUUCCAGCGUUCCCAUCAGACACGAAUACAUGGAAAACACCGGCAGCCACCGAAACCACAUGACAGGCAUCGGACCCGUCCUUAACGUCUAUCCCUGGAAUAAUGAACUUUACCUGUUACGGUACAACAACUAUGACCGAUCAGUGAUUAACACCAUCCCUCAUGAUGUCGUUCGGCGCUGGUAUGUGGCUCAUCGAGAGCUGACCACAGAACUGAGGCGACCAGAAAAUGAGCUGUGGGUGAAACUGACCCCGGGAAAAGUGAUUUUCAUUGACAACUGGCGAGUCAUGCACGGGAGGGAAGCGUUCACCGGCGUAAGGCAGCUCUGUGGAUGCUAUCUGACCAGAGAUGACGUUCUGAGCAGCGCACGUGGUUUGGGGCUGCAGGUGUAACCCCAGACAACGACAGCUCCUUAACUCUGGUACUUUGCAGACCAUUCACGACUUGAAUGCUCGCCUGAAUCCACAAAUGAAUGCUGGCUGUUUCAUUAUAAUAAUUGCAAAAACAAAAUGAUAAUAUAUACUAAUUCAAUAAAUAAUUUAGGACAACAUUUGAAUUUUAUAAUACCUUUUCAUACACUUACCAGUCAAAAUAUAAGUAAAGGUUGUACAAAGUCACAUCACGCUUCCAAGUUACUCUCUCGGUUUUUCAAAAAUAUACAAAUGAAUAAAUCUUGCAGUUUCAUGGUUGAAAAAUAUGCAUAUGUAAACAAUUUUUUAUUUAUUUUUGGCCUAAAUGAAGCAUAAAAGUGGCUACAUGAACUAAAAUACAAGCAUACGACAUUCAGAAAUCGCAGUAAAAGACACAUUUUGAUAUGUAGUAUUCUACACUGGCAGUAGGUGUCAGUAAUGUUACAUUGAUGGGACAAUAGCCACUGCAGGAAGUUAAAAAAAAAAAAAGAACAAGGAACUUUGUCAAUGCUCUCAUACGUGAGUCUAUAUUAUGUCUUAUUUUCUCUUGUUAUGUCUACUAUAUCGGGUAGUAGGGGUGCUAUUUCACGUCUAGAGGGCUCUAAUGUUAAAAACCGCAUUUAGAAGGUUGUAAACAGGUUUUCUGUGCUCUAACUGCGAAAAUAUUCUGUUCAUACACAAGGAAUGCUACUUUGCUGAACCAAUUACCCGCGAGGGAAGACUGUCCAGUCACCCCUCGCCACAUCGCCGUUCGAAUUUCGCUGCUUCACGCUAUCACGUUUUUUUUUUUUUAAUACGGGUAAUUAUUAGUCAAAAAACAUGCAUAUUUAAGCAAAUUUUAAGUCAUUUUUAUGCCUAAAUGAAGCAUUUUCAAGCAUAUAAAAUGGCUACAUGAACCAAAAUAAGGCAUUCAGAAAUCACAUUGAAAGACAUGUUUUGAUAUGUAGUAUUCUACACUGGUCACUAGGUGUCAGUAAUGUUACGUUGAUGGGACAAUAACCACUGCAGGAAGUAAAAACAAAAAAAAUAAAUAAAAAAGAACAACAAGGGACUCUGUCAAACAUGUGGGUAUAUAUUAUGUCGUAUUUUCUGUUAUAUUGGGUAAUAGCAGUGUAAAGGUGACUAUAGGGUGCUAUUUCAUGUCUAGAGGGUUCCAAUAAUUGGAAAAACUGUGUUUAGAAGGUCUUAAUCAGUUUUUUUAUGCUCUUACUACAAAAAUGUUCCAUUUAUAAAUAAAGGAUCCUACUGUGCAGAAGAAAUAAGCAAGGAAUGAGUGUAUGGUGUGAAAUUUGUUCAGUUAACUUGUGGUACUUUUCUGCCCCCUGCUGGCAUGACAGGGGAUCAGGUGAAGCACAAAUUGUACUGAUUGGAUGAUCACGAUCAUGCAUUCCCGUCGCUACAGUACACCAUUUAGUAUACAUGUACCAUCUUUUAAGAUGCAAGCCUCCGUGACAAUGGAUAACAUGCGUCACGUGUUACUUUUACAAUUCGAUGUUACGAGAUGUGCGGGUGCGCCUCAUUCAGCGCGGGCAGCCAACUGUUGCGAUGAGGACCUAAGAGACAUGUAGGGUGAACGCAGAAGAUGCGGCGCCACUCUGACUCCCAUCACCGACAAUGAGGAGACGGCUGUAGUAACCAUGGAAACAGCCGAGGAUACUGAAGUUGUCCUGGUAACUCGGUGAUUGAGAGCAUUCAGACUGGAGGUACGACUAGAAUCGGGUCACGUGAGGUGACCAGUUGGAUCAAUGAGUUCCCGCGGUGACGCCAAUGUUAAAAGAAAGAGGAAAUCUGCUGGAUUUCACACAAUAAUUGUAGGAAAGGUCUAUGGAGAGUGACUGGAAAUGUCAAUAUUUAACGUAGAUGCCAACUGAAAGGGCGCGGUGUUUUACUCGAGCUUCGCCGCAUCUCAUUUGCGUCUGAAUCUCACAUGUGACACAUUCUGAACAACAAAUUCAUUGUUGGCUCUGGCGGCUGCGAAGCAGUGCAACGAGCUGCACAAGACUAACCAGUUCACUCAUUAUUAACAAGCUAAACCAGGAGUGUCCAAAGUGCGGCAGCCCGCAGCUGCUUUUGAUUGGCCCACGGCAAAUUCUGAAAAAUACAAUUUAACAAGAAAACUAAAAAGAAAAAAUACAAUGAAAACUUUAUUUUGUUAAUAUUAUAACUUAAAAAACAAAACUAAAAGGA